AUGGCUUCUUUUACUAAGUUGAGUGAUCAGGAUGUUCCAGUUAUCUCGGUUCAUCCUUCGCGACGCAUCUCCAAGAUUAAUCCCAAUAUCUAUGCUGGGUUUACUGAGCAUAUGGGCCGAUGCAUCUAUGGAGGUAUCUAUGAGCCUGGUAGCCCAUUGUCAGAUGAAAAUGGAUUCCGCAAGGAUGUCCUCGAGGCGUUGAAGGAUCUCAAUAUUCCUGUUGUCCGUUAUCCUGGUGGUAACUUCUGCGCGACCUAUCACUGGUUGGAUGGUGUUGGUCCUAAGGACCAACGACCGGCUCGACCCGAACUCGCUUGGCUUGGAACAGAGACAAACCAAUUCGGAACCGAUGAGUUUAUGAAGUGGUGCGAAGUCCUUGACACGGAACCGUAUCUGUGCUUCAACUUUGGAACUGGUACUCUUGACGAAGCUCUGGGAUGGUUGGAGUACUGCAACGGUACCGGCAACACAUACUAUGCCAAUCUGCGACGCAAGAAUGGACGCGAGGAACCGUAUAACGUCAAAUACUGGGCGCUCGGCAAUGAGACAUGGGGACCAUGGCAGGUCGAACAAAUGACCAAGGAAGCAUACUCCCACAAAGCCCUGCAAUGGGCAAAAGCUCUUAAGCUCCUCGAUCCCAGCAUCGUCCUCAUUCUCUGCGGCCAAGAUGGUACUGCCUCAUGGGACUACUACACCUUAAAGCACUGCCUCCUCCCCGCCCACUCAGCCCUCUCCACAAGCGCCGUCCCCCUCAUAGACAUGCAUAGCAUCCACAUGUACACAUGCUCCAACUCCCACCUCCCCAACGCAACCGCCCCCCUAGCAGCUGAGCGCGCCAUCGAAAUAACCUCCUCCCUCAUCGACCUCGCCCGCAUCGAAAAUGGCGUCCCACCUGACCAACUCCGGCCCACAAUCUGCUUCGACGAAUGGAAUGUCUGGGACCCUAUUCGCGCAGAAGGAAGCCAAGGCGCAGAAGAGAGCUACACUCUGUCCGAUGCACUGGCCGUGGCCGUGUGGCUGAACGUAUUUGUCCGCAAGAGCCGCGAUCUGGGAAUGGCUUGUAUCGCACAGAGUGUGAAUGUUAUCUCGCCGUUGAUGACGACUAAGGAGAAAGUUAUUAAGCAGACAACGUGGUGGCCGCUUUAUCUGUUUUCGAAGUUUAUGCGGGGAUGGACGGUUGCGUCACAUGUUUCUUGUGGGACUUAUGAGGGUGAGACGCAGCCUAAGUGGUUGCGGGGAGCUGUUGAUACGCCUUGGCUGGAUGUUAGUGCCAGUCUUGGGGAGGAUGGGUUUGCCAAUUUGGCGGUUGUGAAUAUUUCUGAGGAGAAGAGCUUUGAGACUGUUGUUGAGGGGGUUGAGGGAUCUGCGCAGGUGUUUACUGUUACGGGUGGGGAUGUUAUGGUUACGAAUAUGAAGGAGGCUGAGGAGGUGAGAGUCGAGGAGACUGUUUGGGAUGGAAAAGGGAAGUAUGUCUUCCCUAAGCAUUCUCUGACUUUGAUUCGGUGGAAGGCCGACUAG